AUGUCCCGAAUCACCGCCCCCGUCUCCAAGCUCACCCGUUCCAUCAACUCGGCCGCCAACCGGGGCCUCAUCGAUAGCCACUACUCUCAUGGCGCCGUCCUGAUGCCCAAGUACGCCGAGCUUCUCAAGAAGAGCCCGGAAUCCGAUCAUCACGCCCGCUCCAUCACCACAACCCACCGCCCAACCCCGCAGCCUCAACCCUCCAAAUCCCACCCGCGCCCCCUCAUGCAGACCUUCUCCUCGCUCUCCGCCGCCACAGCCUACACCGGCGCCCCCACCAUCGACGCGACCCUCUUCGCCUUCCCCUCCUCCGUCGGCGCCGCCAUCUCCGACGCAUUCUACGCCCGCAUGCCCCUGCUCCCCGACAGCUUCGCCCGCCACCGCCCCGAGGCACCCGAGGCCCGUCCUCUCACGCCCGAGAUCAGCGUCGUCGCCGCUGACCCCGCCAACGCCCUACCCGUCGCUGCGCUGACCGAGGUCGAGGGCAUGGGCGUCGACGGCGUCGAGCUGCGCUUCGCUCACGACGCGGAACCCGUCGAGCGGGAGUCGAGCAUGUUGAGGAAUCUCUGGGGCACCAUGGAGAGCCAGGCCUGA